GUUAUGUUCUAUGAUGUGAUGUUUCAUGUUUUGAUUUUUGUUACGUUGUUGGUGUAUUUACAUUUCAAUUAAUCAACAAUUCAUUCUUGAACUGCUUGAAUAAUGACCAUUGAGUCUUCUUGGAAUUGUUUUCAAUAUUUUCUUCAUUGACGUAGUCUAUUCACUUGUAUACUUUCUAAGUUUGUAGACCAAGAUAGGUAACGUGUUGAAUAAGUUAGUUUAUCUCAUUCUAAUUUAAACUGAACCUAAAAUUGCCUUAGAAAGGUAAAACAAUAGGGUAAGAAGCUACCAGGUAGAUAAAUUUCAAAAUGAUAUCAGGUCAGCUGUCAGCUGAAAUAUCAGCAACUUGUAGUGCUUUGGGGGACGGAGAUGGUCUCACCUAUCGUCUUGAUCCCUAUUGCAAAGAAAGCAUCAAAGAUCUAAUCAGAUUUCUGAGGAGAGACUCUGAAGAUCAUGCGGUCCGACGAUUUUUGGGCAGCACCAAGGUACUCAAGACAGACUUGGUACCAAUUCUCAUUCAUCAUUCCGAUAAUGAUGAAAUAUUCGAUGUCGUUCUCAGACUCAUUAUGAACUUGACCACUCCAGCUCUCAUCGUCUUUCAAGAGCAGAUUCCCAGCGAUAAGUCAGAGAGGAACUUGUACUUGCAACUGAUAUCCCAAUUGCAAGAAGGAAAGGAAAUAUUCACCAAUCCCGAAGUUUGGAAUGUGCUAGUCAAAAAUAUUGGGAAACUUCUUGAAACUGAGUCUUACGAACGUGACGAGGAUACCAGUCGGACAUUGGAGAGAAUUUUAAUAUUGGCAAGAAAUGUAUUGGCGGUUCCAUCCGAUAGUGAAAAUGAACGGAGGGCCGAUAAUGAUGUCAAUGUCCAUGAUAAGGUGUUAUGGGCAAUGCACAAUGCAAAAAUGGAUGAAAUAUUUCUGUACAUAGCAAGUUCAGAGAAAGAGCAGCAGGUCUACAUGCAUAUAUUGGAGAUUGUGUCACUGAUGCUGCGUGAGCAAAAUCCAUCGACUCUGGCCAAAUCACAAGUUCAGAGAAGUUUUAGCGAAAAAGAGAAAGACGAACAAGAAUUGUUGGCUUUUAGGGAGGCUGAAAUCAAAAUCAAACAGAUGAAAGUCAAGAAAUAUGCUGGAACUAGACAUUUCGGUGGUACAUACGUGAUGAAGGGUGUGAAGGCUGCAGGGGAUAGAGACCUCAUUUUCCACAAGCCGCUAGAUAAAGCUGUCAACAUGGAGUUCGAUUUCGGAAAGAAACGAAUCAAGUGGCCCAAAAAUCUGCAACCCUUGAAGCAAGUCUCUGAGGAGCGGAAAUCUACUUUUGGUGUCAGACUAUUCUUGAAAGAAUUCUGUGUGGAUCUACUGAACGGCGCGUACAAUCCACUCAUGAGAAGGGUCAAGGAUAUAAUUGAAAGAGGAAAGAGCAACGGUGAUGAAUCUUAUUAUUUCUGGGCGAUGAAAUUUUUCAUGGAAUUCAACAGAAGCUACAACUUUCAAGUAAAACUUGUCAGCGAGACCCUGUCAAUUGAGACAUUCCACUUCAUUCAAACACAGCUGGAGAAUUGGAACGAUAUGAUGUUGACUGAAAAGAAAAAGAUUCCGCUCUGGUCUCGGAGGAUGCAUCUCGCUUUGAAAGCUUAUCAGGAGCUUCUUCUGACCCUGUCCGAGAUGGACAGAUCGCCUGACGAGGCCGUGAGAGGAUCCUCGCAAGUGCUGAAGAGUCGCGUCUUCUAUGUCACCGAAUACAGGGAUCUACUGGCUAUUCUUAUACACGUCUUCAAGAAGAACCGAUUUUCACACAUGUACAUGAAGGAUUUGAUUGAGACGUUGCACAUAUUCAUGAAAAUGCUGCAGAAGUGCUCCGAGAAACACAGAGGUGGACUAGUCGUGCAACAGAAGAAAAGAGUCGCCAAGAAAAGUGGCAAGAAAAACUCCAAAUCGAAAUCAGGAGCCCAGCAAGCCGCGAACAUGGAAGCGAUUUGGGACGAGGUGGGUCCGCAGCUGUCAGCCGUCCUCCAGAGCGACGCUCCCAUUCCUUCAGAUGUGGUUCCUUUCGAUGCCGCGUCUGAUGUACCAAUCGACGAGCAAAAAGUGGAUGCCAUGAAGAGGAUUCAGAGUCUAUUGAAGAGUGCAUCUUUUGAAGAGGCAAUCGGGCUUUUAAGAGCUGCAAGAGAAGUUUGGCCGGAAAACAACUGCUUUGGAGCUGCCGAUUUGCAGCCAGAGGACGAGUUUAUGGCGGUCAGGGACAUCUUUAUGGCCGAUCUUGGACAGCCAGGGGGUGUCACACUUCCGGGAGAAAAUGCUGCAAAUGACGAGGAUGAAGAGGAUGAAGAAGAAUACGGCGAUGCACCGACAGUAGGAUAUCAAGAAUCUGAGCUCAACUUUGAAGAUUUCGUCAGAAGGUUCAUUUCAGAGAAAACUCUUCAAAUCUGCGGUAUCUUGCUGGAAAAAUUUGAGAGCAACUCGGCGCACACGAACCAUUGCAUCGUGAAACUGCUGCAUCGCAUUGCCGUCGACUGCCGUAUGCCUGCCAUGCUUUUCCAGGCCUCUCUGUUCCGCAUCUUCCAGCGUGCUAUGGCCUCGCCAAACCCUGAACAUAAGGAGUUCAGACGAUUCGCCAGAUUCAUUGUUCAAAAACUCCUAGAAACUGCAGAAAAAAAUCCGAAAGUCUUCAUCGAAUUGCUGUUCUGGAAGAAGGUGAAGGAUGCUGUAGAAAUAACUGAAGGCUACGGAAGUACAUCUACCAAGAGCCAUUCAGUUAAAAACUUGUGGAGUGAAGAGCAAGAAGACGAACUGACUCGACUCUAUCAGGAGUUUAUGUCGACUAAUCCACCAGAAAGCAAUCCUGUCGAUUGGAUAAUGGAGAACUUGAUAAAUCGCGAACGGUCGCGUGUUAGUGUCAUUAAAAAAUUGAAAGAGUUACAUUUGUGGUCGAGAGAAUCAGUGGCUGAACUGAAGAGAUCGGCGAGAGAAUGGUCACAAGAAGAGGAAGACCAGCUGAGGGAGUUGGUACCCGAAUUUCUCAAUGCUGAAAAUCCGAUGGAGUGUAUAAUGAGUAGGCUAAUUGGCAACCGCAGCAAAAGCAAUGUGAUUCGCAAAAUCCUCGACCUCGGCCUGGUGGAUGACAGGAAGCAACUCAGGAAGAAGAGGUCAAGGAAGUCUCGCGAAAAAGGUAAAGAUGGAUCAGAUGAGAGCAAUUCUUCGAGUGAUGGGUUGUCUGAUGAUGAAGCAGCAGAUAAAGAGUCUAGUCCUCCAGUUGUCACUUUUGAGAAAGUGGUUGAUGCCUUGAACAAUGCUAUUUUCGAUGGUUUUAAAGAGCCAUUAGAAUGGCUGGUCUCUUCGAUGAAUGAAAUGCUGGAAGACUUGGAAGCAGAUCAGGAGGAUGUGCCACUUCUGCCUCUCACCGAUGUUUGCACUCAGGCCAUGGAGAACCCUUUAUUCACGUCGACCAUCCAAGUUCUCGGCAUUAAGCGGCCUGAUGAGCAGGAAGUAUUUUGGAGACUGCCAGGCAUCUGGACCGAGGCAAAAAUCAAAGACAUGAUACGAAUUAUCAAAGAGGCUAUUGAAGGGAAUUUGUCGACUGCAUCAAACCCAGGAAGUUUCAAGGCUGAAAAAGUACAACAGAAAAAACCCAAAGAGAAACCCAAGAAAAAGAAAAAGACUAAGAAGCAGGACAAGAAAACUUUCAAUGAUAUCCUCAAUGAUCUUGACAGGAGUGGAGACGACUCAAACACUGAUCUAGAAAACAGUCGAAACAACGGCAACAACCACAGUGACUCCGGCAGUGACUCUCGUGGCAGAAAGUCAAGACGAAACAGUGGCAGUUCUUCGGACUCUUCUAACAAAAGUCAACAAAACAGCGCCAAGAAAAGUAGAGGACUACGGCUGUGGUUGGACUCUGAUUCAGAUUCUGAUUCGGCUAAAGAUAAAGAGAAAACUAAUGGAAAUAAGUCAGACAGUGAUGGAAGUAAACGAAAGGUGCAAAGUCGUAGAUCAAGUGGCAGUGAACCUGAUUCGAGUAAUAGUAAGAGAAAGGAGACCAGAAAGAGAGCGGAGUCGAGACGAAAGGUUCUAGAGUCCGACUCUGACAGUGAAGACUCAAGAGUCAAAACUAAUGGUAAGUCGAGCGGUAUUUUCAGAGAGUCAGACUCUGAUAGUGGAGAGUCAUCGAAAGUCAAAGAUAAGAAGAAGAAAGAGUCCAGUAAUCUAUGGCGAAGUUCUGACUCUGAGUCAUCAGUUACCAAUACACAGGCGAGUGGAAAACAUAAUGGUGUUUCUCAGAGUGAUGACAAAAAGGGUAAAGUCUCAGGUAGUGAUUCAAAUAGGGGAAUUCGUAGAUCAUCUCAGAAAUCAUCGCGUUUUGGGAGUCAGAGGAAAAACAGAAAUAGUUCUCCAGGUACAGAUAGUGAUUCGAACAAAGGUAGUCCAAAAUCUCGAAAAUCAUCUCAAAUGACUCAACAAUCAUCUCGUUCUGGAAGUCCAAAUAGAAGCAGACGUAGCUCUUCAGACAGUGACUCGAACCGAGGUAGUCCAAGAUCCCAAAAAUCGUCUCAGACAAAUACUCAACAAUCAUCUCGUUUUGGGAGUCCAAAUAGAAGCAGACGUAGCUCUUCAGGCAGUGACUCGAACCGAGGUAGUCCAAGAUCCCAAAAAUCGUCUCAGACAAAUACUCAACAAUCAUCUCGUUUUGGGAGCCCAAAUAGAAGCAGACGUAGCUCUUCAGGCAGUGACUCGAACCGAGGUAGUCCAAGAUCCCAAAAAUCGUCUCAGACAAAUACUCAACAAUCAUCUCGUUUUGGGAGUCCAAAUAGAAGCAAACGUAGCUCUUCAGGCAGUGACUCGAACAGAGGUAGUCCAAGAUCACAAAAAUCGUCUCAGACAAAUACUCAACAAUCAUCUCGUUUUGGGAGCCCAAAUAGAAGCAGACGUAGCUCUUCAGGCAGUGACUCGAACCGAGGUAGUCAAAGAUCCCAAAAAUCGUCUCAGACAAAUACUCAACAAUCAUCUCGUUUUGGGAGUCCAAAUAGAAGCAGACGUAGCUCUUCAGACAGUGUCUCGAACAGAGGUAGUCCAAGAUCCCAAAAAUCGUCACAGAAUUCUCGAAAAUCAUCUCAAACAGCUACUCAACAAUCAUCUCGUUUUGGGAGUCCCAAUAGAAACAGACGUAGCUCUUCAGACAGUGACUCAAACACAGGUAGUCAAAGAUCCCAAAAAUCGUCACAAAUAUCUUCUCAGAUGUCUUCAAUUGUUGGAAGUCAGAGAAAUAACAGAGAUAUCUCUCCACAAACUUCUUUGAAAAAUGGCAAGAAUAAACCUCGAAAAAGGUCGGAUUCUUUGUCUUCUGUGGAAGAUAGCACACAAAGCAGUAUCCUAAACAGCAGUCAGCUGAAGAGAAAGAGAGGGUUGAAAUCCAGCUCUGAUGAUUCCGAUAAUCAGGGUAGUGUAGUAAGUCAACGCAAGAAAACUACUAAAAAAUCAGCGAUUGCUAGCUCAAAUUCUGAGGGAGAGGAAGGUGAUAAGGAUAAGUCUCAUGUUAUGAUUGUUGAUGAUGAUGUAGAAAGUGUUUCCAAAAAUGGGGUUGAAUCAGUCAAAAACAAGCCUAAACGAAAAAGAAUCGUGAUUGGGUCUGACUCCGAUGACUAGGAUUCUGUCAUUUUUAUUUAAUUAAUUUGUAAUAAGAUAAUACUAGGAAUACUCAAGGCUGCGUUAUUAAUAUACGCUUAUGAGUUCAUUUAUAAUAUGUAAUUUUUGUUUGGGUCAGUUUAUUAUAGUGAGAUCACUCAACAUAAGCAAGUUUAGUUAACUGCUAUACUAUUAUAGUAUUCUGCAAAUUUCAAUGUCUUGCAGAAGCGUAAAUUAAAACAUAGGCUAGGACUACUUAGUAAUAGUCCUAAAACAUAGUAUACUUUUUAUUAUUAGUAUACUUCCAAUGCUGCCUUAAGCUGGGUUUACACCAAAGUUAUUAACAAAAUGUUAAUAACUUCGUCCUUAUAGACUCUUAUUUGAUUGAACGAAGUUUGACAAACACAUAUGUUCAUCAUGUGUAUGAUAAGUUAUGUUCAAUCUAAUAGAAUCUAUUAGGAUUAAGUUAACAUUUCAUUAAUAACUUGGUGUAAACGCAGCUUUACAGUUCCAAUGUUUACAUUUCAUAAUGUUAUUUGUCUCAACUUUCUAUUUUAAACCUUGACCUUGUUUUUGUAUGUAUGAUUAUGUUUUUUAUUGGUUGAUAGACACUCAAUAGAAUUUCAAUUGCUGAUAUUCAAUCAUUGUUCAAUAUUACUGAUAUUUGAGCUAAAAUACCUAUACCGUAUUGGAAAGGUUUUUUUUAAAUAUUGCUACAGUAUAGGCCUACUAUCGUCACCCCAACUUCGUGACUGCUAUUAUUUUUAGUAGAUUUUUGAAUCCUUUUAAAUUAAUAAUAUUUAUAUUCAUUUUUGGCUUAUUAACUGAAAUGUAUGACACGCAGUUAAUUUCUGGUCUAUAGUCUCCAAAAAUCAUAUCAUGUAAUCGCACAUCAUAUUGAAUUCUAUAUCUAGUAUUAAUUUCAGCAUAUUAAACAUGAAAAAACAUUUACAAUAUGGAUAAGUCCGUUACAUACUUGGAUUAUUUUCCUUUAACUAUCGUGUAGCAUCACACUAUAGAGUCUAUGUGUCGGGAUGCUUUUGAAUAUAGGAAUUUAGUUAACUUACCUAAUAAUUGUGUUUACUUGCAAUUAUAAUAUUUUCUGUUCUUGUAUUCUAGACUAAGCAAAUACAAUUUUUUUCUACAAUCUGUCUUGAAUAGUAACUUGAUCUUGAUUGAAUAAGUCUGCCACGUAUCAAUAAUAAUUAUUACAUCAUAACUUUUCAUAUAACAAAUUAAAUAGAGAAACUGUUUGUAUGGACAUGAUGGAAAAUAAAAUUAUUUCGAAUUUAAUAA